AUGGAUAACAGCGAGGAUGAAAUGGAGGAAGAUGAAAACGAGUGGAGGACCAGUUUCGUGGAUUCACCCCCUCUCAGCCCCGCUCGUGCUUCUGGUAAAAUAUGAGGACUGGGGGGCGUAGGAUGGGAAACUGUCCAAAAUGAAACUUUCUUUGGGUUUCAAUUUUUGUCAUUUAUUGAAAAACACGGCUCCAUUUGUCAGCUAUGAGCACAUAACAGGUGGUUAUUGUUUUUGUGUAAUCACAGUUUCAGGUUCAAGCCUUAACUGGACCUCAGGACCAGCACCUGCACACAGAGUCAUUCUGCAUUUUGAUCUGGACUGUUUCUAUGCCCAGGUGGAAAUGAUCAGAAACCCAGCGCUGAGACAAGUCCCAUUAGGUAGAUUUACAACAAUAGAUCGCUUUUGAAUCUGUGCUAUGAUACUUUUGUUGUCUAAUAUAGUGUGUCUCCUAUCAUCAGGCAUUCAACAGAAAUACAUCAUAGUCACCUGUAACUAUGUGGCAAGGGAGCAAGGUGUCACUAAGCUGAUGUCUGUGACUGCUGCUAAAGAAAAAUGCCCUCAGCUGGUGCUGGUUAAAGGAGAAGAUCUGACACACUACAGAGAAAUGUCCUACAAAAUGACAGGUAAGAAGAAGUACCUCUCACUGGGGCGCACUUGUGAAACAUAACUUAAGAUCUGAAGUCUGCAGUCUUUGCCUUUGAUUUCUCUGUCAGCACAUAAUUCAUAAAUCAUAGAUCUGUUUACGUCUCAUGUGUCAUUUCACACCUUUUCAAAAUCAUAUUUUAGCAGAAAAUCUUAACUGUUAGUUUAAUCCUCUUCUUUACCUUGUCUUUUCUUUCAUGUAGAGCUGCUGAUGUCCUACUGUCCACUGGUAGAGAGGCUUGGAUUUGAUGAAAACUUCAUGGACAUCACAUCGAUGGUAGAGAGACGACUUGCACAAACAUCAGAGACUGAGAGGAUAUCAUUCAGAGGACAUGUCUACAACCAUCCAAGUAAAUCACAUUUGUGCCUCUUCUGUGCAGCUGCUGUAGGAUUUAACAUCUGUCUCAUAGAAACCAAGUAAUGAGUAGUGAAAAAGGAGAGGGAGCCAAAACUUGUAAAUCAUUUGCAUUCCACUUUCAGUUCUUCAGAGCAUGAAAAGUUCAAUUUUUCAGAUCCUCUUUAAGAUUUUUGGAGGUUUUGUAUGAACAUUGAUACAUUUCUGCUAUUCUUUUCCCAUAAAGAUGCUGAUGUUGAAGCCAGUGACCACCCAAGGUUGGCUUUAGGUUCACAAAUUGCAGCUGAGCUAAGAGAGGUCACCUACAGCAAACUAGGCCUUACUGGCUGUGCUGGUAUUGCCACAAGUAAGCUACUGGCAAAACUGGUGUCAGGUGCUUUCAAGCCUAAUCAGCAAACAUCCCUCCUGCCUGAAAACAUCAGCGACAUCAUGGGCUGUCUGAGCAGCAUCCGUAAAGUACCAGGUAAAGAUUUUUGAUAACUGUUUUAGUGUUUCAUUCAUGUUGAGUGUCCCUGACAGUACAUCUUUGAUUGCUGUCUAUGUUUUUAGGGGUGGGACACCAAACUGCCAAGAGACUUAAAGGCCUUGGAGUGGUCAGUGUGACAGACCUGCAGCUCUUCCCUUUAAAUGACCUGAUAGGAGAGUUUGGAGCUCCCUGUGCUCAGCGUUUGAAGAAUCUAUCCCUGGGUGUGGAUGACUCACCUGUUACCCCAACUGGGGCCCCUCAGGUAUGCAAGAAUCUCCCUGAGAUUUGCAGUUUGUACUUAAACACGAGUGGAGUCAUUGCCAUUAUGUGUUGACAAUGAGUGAAGGGGAAGAUUAGACUGGGCCAGAGCUCUCAGUUCCUCUGUUUUACAGUGUUGUUAACUGCCACUCAUUGACUUUUAAAACCUCUUACACUGUCUCUGAUCAGUCAGAUGUAGGUGCAGUCUCCAUUUUUGGCUUCAUAGGGAGCUCAGACACAGCAGCAGUAAGAUGUAUGUGUGUAUCUCUCAAUGGUAGAACUGUGAUGGUACAUCCUGAAAACAUUUCUACACAUCAAAAAGGGACUUUUGGUUGGUUUUUAAAUUACCGCACAAUGAAUAGAGAGAAGAAUCUUAUUUGAUGUCUCUAUUUAUUGUGCCUAUACUUUUAUUGUCAGUAUACCUGUCUCUGAUAUUUCAUUUACACUGAAAUUAGAAGAAAAGUAGUAAAUGAUACAGCUUCAGAAAUAUUUUAGAAGAGUCUGUCUUUCCAGAAAUUGUACUAUUAUUACUCUGGAUAAUCCACAGAUCACCCCCACCCCUAGAAAACUAUGUCUGCUGUUUUAUUCUGGGAGAAAUACUCUCUAUAAAAGCUGGUAUGUUGACUGAAGCCUGACAACCAAGGGACUGGAUAAAUCUCAUUUAUUGUACGUAUUUGAAUUUAUUUACUGUACAUAUUCUUUCUCCUUUAUGUGUCAAAGUCCCUCAGUGAUGAGGAUUCCUUCAAGAAAAUAGCUUCAACCAAAGAAGUUUUGGAAAAGAUACAAGAGCUCCUGGGCAGUCUGGUGGAGAGGUAAGGACUUCUUUAAUAGGUUUGUCACACUAUGAUAUGAUACUGGCAAAAAUCUGAGGUCUGAGAACAACACAGCAACAAUAAUUAAACUCCUGGGUGCCCAUAAUUGAGUGACUUGAUCCUUUUUAUUACCAUACAGCAAAAAGCUGGUUUAGAAACAGAACAUCAAACGGAGAUCAACAUUUGAUGCAAAGAUAAAUGUCUUGUUUUCUGAGUCACCUCUUUGUUUUCAUUAGUAGGGCUCACUCUUUAAAUCUCUACAGUGGUGUUUUAGACUGAAUUCACUGAAUUGAACUUUAAUUGUAUGUUUAAAAUAAUUAGGAUGCACAAAGAUGGCAGGCAGCCUCAAACCUUCCGGCUCACCAUUCGUAAACACUCAGCGACCAACAAGUGGUUCAACCGAGAAAGUCGACAGUGUCCAAUCCCAAACCACAUUGGACAGAAAGUCAGCUCUGGUAAGUCUAGAGGGACUCUUUAAUGUCCAUCCUGCACAAGCUCAGCCUCACCUAUGAAAAUAGGAACAAGGAACAAGUCUGUCACAUCAUGUUUUAUCUUUAUGACUGACGCAGUCAGAACCACAACAAAUCUCAUUUUCCAGGACCAGAUGUAUAACAUCUACAUAAUCCUAAAAAUUGGUAUCAAACCUCUUUAGGUUGUUUUACAGCCCUGUUUGAGUAUUGAAUUAUCUUUGUGUUGUUUUCAUAUCCUACUGCCAUUAAGUCAUGAUUGUCUUUAAUCUUUCUGCAGGCUGCUGUGAUGAAGCUGUGGUCCAGCUGGUCCCAAUGGCCAUGAAGCUCUUCCACAAAAUGGUUGAAAGCAGCGCCGCCUUCCACCUCAACCUCAUAAACGUUUGCUUCAGCAACCUGCAGACCAGAGGAGCUGCCGCCAGCGGGAAGGGCUCCAUAACGUCUUUCUUUACACACAGCACAUCCCCCGGAAAAACCCAAAUCUCAUCACAAAGUCAGGUAGUACAAAACUACGCCUGUUUGCUCCUGACUUGUUUAGCAGUAGAGCAUCUGCAGGUCUUUAAAUGUUAUAAGAAAUAUUUUUCCAGUUUUUUCAAAGUAAAAAAGCUGUUAAAUGCGCCCUCACUCUGAGUAGAAAUUAAAUUUUGUCUGCCUUCACUCUUUGCCUUUAUGUAACCUCCACACAAUCUUCCUUUCUCUGAAAUAGGGUGCCAGAAUUCUGAAUCCUUGACUUUGUCUUUUCUCCUCCAACAGGAUGAUUUCUUCCAAGCUGGGGGUAAUCUGAGUGUGGAUCAUCAGUUCAUUACUAAAGAUCCCUCACAGAAGACAGAGGUUAUGAAAAGCUCCUUCAGCCCUGGGCAAGCAUUACAUGGCUUUAAAAGAAAACAGAGCUCUGUUGUUGCUGUGAAAGAACCUCCGCCUCAGAAACUUUGCUGCAGCACAUUGAGGUCAAACUGUGCUGUAACAAAUAGCAUGAUGACACAGCGAUUGCCCCCAAAUGUUGACCCUGAGGUGUUCAGGCUUCUCCCUGAGGAAAUCCAGAAGGAGCUGUUAUCCACUGCCGACAAAAACUAUCCCACCAACACUUCAGCAAGCUCAGUUACAGCAGCUGAAGUCCCCCACUCGACAGACAACAUGACCUCACUUUCAUUUACAGUCACCCAAAAUGUCAAGGACACAAAAGACACUGUGGACAAAUUUGAUCCAUCUGACUCGCCUACCACUAUGAAUCACAAGAGUCCUGCAGGCCAAAGUUUAUUACCGGGAGAAAACGUCAUGGAAGAAGAGAGACUAUCACUCCCUCUAUCUUCUGACUGUGAGUUUCCAGGAAAUGUGGACCCUAAGGUCUUCUCUGAGCUUCCUGUGGAUGUUCAGAGGGAGCUGAUGGCUGAAUGGAAGCAACAGAAGCCGCUCCUGAAGACGCCCUUAAUUAGGAAAGGAGGGAAGAGCACGAUGACGAAAGACAAAAAAGUUGCAGGAAAAAGCAGUCAGACAAACAACUUGUUCAAGUAUUUUAAACCCAGUUAA